AUGUGGGCCUUGCGGGCCGCCGUCCGCCCGGGGCCGGGGCUCUGCCGACUGGCUCGCGGCCGCCGGCUUCCGAGAGCCAAGCCGCUGGCGCCGCUGCCGCCGCCGCCCGCCUGCCCGGAGCGCGCGCUCGCCGCCUUCGGCCCCGGGGGCGUCAAGAGGCGAGGCGGUGAAGGCCGGGGCCGCCGGGACGAUGAUGGCCCGAGAAGCCGAGCGGGAGAGCAGGAGGAGGAGGAGGAGGACCCAGGUGACGCGGAGCAAGAAGAGGAGGAGGAAGCGCUCCUGAGGACGGAGCCUUUGCUGCCUCUGGGGACCCAGCGCGUGUGCCUGAUCCACCCUGAGGUCAAGCGGGGACCCGAGAAGCCGAAGCUGACUCGAGCCGAGUGGCAGGUGGCGGAGGCGGAAGCCCUCGUGCACACGCUGGACGGCUGGUCGGUGGUGGAGAGCAUGGUGGUGCCCAGCAAAUCGUCAGACGGGAAGCUCAUCUUUGGCAAAGGGACCUUGGAGCAUCUGACGGAGAAAAUCAGGGGGACUCCAGAGAUCACGGCGGUCUUCCUGAACGUGGAGCGGCUGGCCGCGCCUACCAAGAAGGAACUGGAGGCUGCCUGGGGUGUGCAGGUGUGCGACCGGUUCACGGUGGUGCUUCACAUCUUCCGCUGCAACGCGCGGACCAAGGAGGCACGGCUGCAGGUGGCGCUGGCGGAGCUGCCCCUGCUCAGGUCCCGCCUGAAAACCAGCAUGGCCCUCCCGGACAGACGAGGAUGGGGCUCGCGCUACAUCAUGGGCUCAGGGGAAUCCUUCGUGCAGGUGCAGCAGCGCCUCCUGAAGGACCAGGAAAUGAAGAUCCGGAAGGCCCUGGAGAGGCUGAGGAACAAGAGGCGUCUUCUGGGGAGGCAGCGCCGGCGGCAGGAGUUCCCCGUCAUCUCCGUGGUGGGGUACACCAACUGUGGAAAAACCACGCUGAUCAAGGCCCUGACAGGCGAUGAUGCGGUGCAGCCCCGGGAUCAGCUGUUUGCGACGCUGGACAUCACAGCCCAUGCUGGGUGGCUGCCCUCCCGCGUGGCUGUCAUCUACAUGGACACCAUCGGCUUUCUCUCCCAGCUGCCCCACAGCCUCAUCGAGUCCUUCUCCGCCACCCUGGAAGACGUGGCUCAUUCGGACCUGAUCGUCCACGUGAGAGACAUGAGCCACCCGGAGACAGAGCUGCAGAAAGCCAGCGUCCUGUCCACGCUGCGUGGCCUGCGCCUGCCUGCCGCCCUCCUGGACUCCGUGCUGGAAGUUCAUAACAAGGUGGACCUGGUGCCCGGGUACCGCCCGGCGGGCCCACAGGCCGUCGCCGUGUCCGCCCUCCUGGGGCAGGGGCUCCCGGAGCUGAAAGCGCGGCUGGAGGACGCCGUUCUGAGGGCCACGGGGAGACAGGUCCUCACCCUCCGGGUCCAGCUGGCGGGCGUGCAGCUGAGCUGGCUGCACCAGGAGGCCACGGUGCAGGACGUAGACGUGAUCCCCGAGGCCGGGGUGGCCGACGUCACGGUGGUCAUCAGCAGCUCAGCCUACGGCAGAUUCCGAAAGCUCUUCCCCGAGAACAGGCUCCGCUGUGUCUGCACCGGCAUUUCUGGUUCUCCCGCCCGCGGGCCGCCACGUCCUCCCGGUGUUGGAGCUUCCAUCGGCUGUUUCACACUCGCAGCCGCCAGCCCUCGCUGUGCCCCACAGUGUCUGCGACUCCUGACCGUCUCGCGGCGACCCACGGGCCUCCCUGCUCCGGUGGCGGAGGAAACACGCAGCUCCUGAGACACGCAGGCCCUGGCUUUGGUCCAGGGACCCAUCAGCCUCCUGCCUUCCAGAACCCUGAAGAGAAUAAAUCUGGGGGAUCCCCGCGGCUCAGCAGUCAACGACGAGCUGAACCGCGCCACCUCCUCCCCCACGGGCUGCAGCCUCCACGUCGUGCAGCCUCCACGUGCAGCCUCGUGCAGCCUCCACGUCGCCUGCCGCCCAGAUCCUCUGCGGGCGACCCUCAAAUACAAGCUCCUCUAUGAGAGAUUCCCGAGGCCUACACUCCUCUCCUAAACGCGGAAGCAACCCUUACGGGAUCCCGGGCCACAGCUCCGCGUGGCGGCUCACGACGCUCGCCUCCUCGUAGGACACGAUGACCUGCUGGCCGCGCGCCCACAGCUGCCUCAGGGUCCAGGUACCGCACCCCCGCGUCCAGCUGCUCCGUGACGUUCAGCACCUGUGCACAAAGGUCCUCGUUUCUGCUGGGGGCCGUGUGGCCCCCACCUCGGCUGGCUCACUGCCCCCGUGCCGGGGCUCGGAGUUGGUGUGGAGAUGCCCACGUGUGGGCCUGCGUUUGAUGUGGAGUCGGUAGGUACUGACGCCUGCAGGGUCCGGGACGCCGCUUGGGCCGCGCAUUUGGGAACGUGCUUCCUGGCAACACUGGGCACAUCCAGCCCCAGAUGGAGGCUGCGAGGUCCCGUCCUGCGGUAAACGGCCCCUCGGCCCUAUACCGGCCUCCAGACCUCCCUGCUGGGCCCUGUCUCCCCUUCUUCCAGGGCAGCCACCAGGAAGGACCCUGUAUGGGCGCCUGGCUCCAGGGAUCCUCGCUGGGACCCUGUGGCGGGGAGAGGGGAGGGCAGGAUGUUCCAGGAGGGUCACAUACCCUGAGCA